AUUCAAAGAUGGGGAGAAUAAAAUACCCUUUGUUGCGACUUAUCCCGUACCUGUUUACAUUCAGGUUAAGUUCAAAGAUGAGGUGAAAACUCUCGAGAGUUUAUCGGAUGGAAUGAAACAAAUAUAUCUGAUAUUAUAUCAGGUAUAUUUGUUUCAUUCCGCAUUGCUUUCUUUCACUUUUUGUCUGCUGGGUAAAAGAUCAAAUUUUAUCAUCUUAAUAUUGUACAUGCAUUGAUAUUUAAAUGAUAAACAUGUCUCAGAGCUGGAGAACUCUUUGGAUUGCAGCAGCUGUGGCAGUUAGUACUGUGAGUGUAGUAAGUGCUGUUGGUUUAAUGUGGAAGAAAAAGAAGCGUUCAUUUGUAAGAGUUGGAACUGUAUCCAAACUAUAUUUCUUCCCAGUUAAAGGGCUUAAAGGUAUUGAAGUGAACACAGGAAAAUGUACAGAACUAGGAUUUGAAGUCAAUGGACUUCUGGAUCGCUCAUUUAUGUUGAUUGAUAAUGAAGGAGUCCUGAUGUCUCAGAAAAAAGGUCCAACUUUAGCACUCUUAGAUGUACAGAUUGAUGGCAAAACUCUUACUAUAACAACACCCUCUGGUGAAAAACUGAAUGUAGAAAUCAAAGAUUCACCUGGUGCUAAUGAUAAAAUUGUUCCCUGUAGAAUAGUUCAUGAUAUCACUAAAGCAGUUGACUGUGGAAAUGAAGCAGCAUCCUUUUUCCAGUCAUACCUCAACACACCAGGUGUUCGUCUGGUUCGUUAUUUUCCUAAGCUGAUUAAAAGGGAAUAUAAACCAAAAGGAACUGGUAAACCCUUUGAGCUGGAACUCAGAAAAGAUAAUCCGCAUUUGUCAUUUCAGAAUUAUACAGCUUUUCAUUUGGUAUCAAAGCCUUCUGUUGAAGAUUUGAAUUCUAAACUUCAGAACAAGACAGUAUCAGAACAGAAUUUCAGACCAAAUAUUUUAGUUGAUGAUUGUAAACCUUAUGCUGAAGAUUCUUGGAAUUAUAUUAAAUUCAGCAGUGGUUCCAUCAUAUGUAAUUUGACUUUGUUUAAGAGAUGUUUAAUAACCACGAAUGAUCCAAAUACAGGAGUUCUGCAUGUAAAAGAGCCAUUGGCAACUUUAAAGAAGUAUAGAAUACCCUCAGAGCCAGAAGUUUUGAGAAAAACAGGAGGAAAUCCUUGCCUUGGAAUAGGAUGUGGAGUAUACAAAAUUGGAGACAUUACAGUUGGUGAUGAUGUAUUUGCAGAUGUUGGUCCUCAACCAAAGAUGACAGGAAAAUAAUGUGAAAUGCUAAUUUGUAAAAGAAAAUAUUUACAUAAUGCAUUUUUACCUGUUAUGCUACACUACUAUACCAAGUUAAGAAAGUGUAAUAAGUGCUUGGAAAUGAAAACAAAAUACUUAGAAGUUAAAUUUUUGUUUAUUGCCAUAUAUGUUUGAAAGAUUCCUAGAAUAUAAAAAUCUGAGUAUUUUCAAUAUUUGCAGUAUAAAUUACAAUUUAAACAUUUGCAUAGCUAUUCAUAUUUCAAAACAAGUGCAGCAGAGAUAUAUUUUUAAAAAACAUGAAAUAUCACAUAGCAAUAAAAGAUACUUAAUGCAUUAUUAACAAGACAUCUAAUUUAGUAAACAAAUUUGUAAGAAAAUUCUGACUGUAUGAUUUUUAUUUGAUCGUUAAUAAAAUCAGAAAUGAAUAUUCA